CAUGGCGGCCUCCGCUGGAGUCCGGUCGAGCGUGGGGCUGACUUUGAGACUUUCUAGAGUUAUACCAGAUUGUAGCACAUGUCCUUUCAACAGGUUGAAUAGUUAUUUGAGUGGUAUAGCUAGUUCGUCGAAUGUUGAUCGUUUUCGGACGUUGAACCGACACUUGCAGACAUCCAAAAGUCUGUACCAAAGUGAAGUGGGUGCAAGUGCAGAAGACCCCCAAGAAGAUGUGGUGAAUGUGGUGUACAUAGAUAGAUCAGGAAAGAGGAUUCCAGUGAAGGCUAAAGUGGGAGACAAUGCAAUGUACCUGGCCCAUAGGCACAACAUUGAACUGGAAGGAGCUUGCGAGGCGUCACUAGCUUGCUCAACGUGCCACGUGUAUGUGAACAGAGCCCAUGUCGACAAGCUACCAGAGCCUGACGAAAGAGAGGAUGACAUGCUGGACAUGGCCCCAGCGCUACAGGAGAACUCCAGACUUGGCUGUCAGAUCAUCCUCACCCAGGAGCUGGAGGGCAUCGAGCUUACCCUGCCUAAGGUCACCAGGAACUUCUACGUGGACGGCCAUGUUCCCAAACCACACUGAGGACACUACACUCCACACUAGCACCCUACUUAGUGUGAAGCAAUGUAUUGGGCAUGGAUGUUUACACUCCACACUAGCACCCUACUUAGUGUGAAGCAACGUAUUGGGCAUGCAUUCUAAGUAGUAUGCUAGUAUGGAUGUUGGAACACGGCCCCCUCAGGACUGAGUCGUAAGAGAGAGAGUUGCAUUCUUUGAACUGUCGGCAGAUAUAAAGAGGUGAGCUGGGAUAGAGGAGGCUUGAAGGAUCCCCCACAAGUCAAGAAUGCUCUUACAUAUCCACAUCUGUGUGACGAAGACAAAAGCUAAAUACCAGUCACUGGCUGCAUUUAGACAGCGCCCCUGAUGGGAUUGGUCAAAAGACCAAUUAGUGGAAAAAAUAUCCAAAUUGGGCUGCCUGUGUAAACGCAGCCUCUGAAGUGUGUUGUAUUUGGCUCACACUGAAAGUAAUGCUGAUUGUGGAAGAGUUAGAUGGUUUU